AAUCUGCAACACACACACACACACGCGAGCGCCACAAUGCCCGUCCUGGGACCUUUAUACAGUGUGUGUUUCGCCCGGGUGAGGCUAAGGUCGCAUAUUAAGGUCAAGAAGCUCGUAGGAAUGUGUAGUAGCCAGAAGAGGAGAUAUAGUCAAGAACACCUCGAGAAAUGCUAUGAAGAUCACCGGGCGCUUUGGGAGAGUGAGUGUUGUAAGAAAUUGCCAGAGAAUGUCAAUCCAAGAUCUGUCUUUGCUUGCAACGAACUUGAUCUGCGAGACGUUUCAGUGUACGGCUUUGACUAUGACUAUACACUGGCCAACUAUGAGCCAGCUGUGGAACACUUGAUAUACGAACUCGGAAAGAAUGUACUUGUCUCUAAGUAUAGAUACCCAGAGGAAAUUAAAUCGCUGAAAUAUAACAGAGAGUUUGCAGUGCGUGGCCUCCACUAUGACAUCGAACAUGGCCUUUUGAUGAAGCUGGACCAGUUUCAGCAGAUCCAGCAGGGCUCCAUUUACCAUGGCCUCACACCCGUCGGCCAGGAGGAGGUCCUUAAGACAUACGGUGGAAGGUCCUUGCCGUUACAUUACGUGGAGGGCCAUUUGCGUGGGGACACAAAAAUGGCGCAUCUGGCAGAUCUCUUCUCCCUGCCCGAGAUGUGUCUACUGAGCCAAGUCGCGCAGUACUUCAUGGACCAUAAUCUACAGUACCACUCAGUCCCUCUCUUCAAUGACGUCAAAGCAGCCAUUGCAAGCAUCCACCCGGAGAUGCACCGUAUUGUGGGUCGGAAUAUCAGCGAAUACCUGAUCAAGGACCCCGAUCUCGUUACCUUUUUCCAGAGAUUAAAAGAAAAUAAUAAAGAGAUCUUCAUUAUUACCAACAGCCCCUUUUAUUUUGUCAAUGCAGGUUUGUCAUACCUCCUCGGAGAAGACUGGCGGGAGUUCUUCGACGUCGUGGUGGCCAGCGCUAAGAAGCCGGCAUUUUUCACGGAUAGCAUGAGGCCCUUCCGCGAACUCAAUGAGGAAAUCCACACUCAGACGUGGGGGCCAGUGACACAGUUAGAGAAGGGGAAAAUUUAUUUGGAGGGAAACCUAAAGCGCUUGCAAGAGUUGAAGGGCUGGCAAGGGCAACAGGUCCUUUACUUCGGCGAUCAUCCCUACAGCGACCUGGCUGACGUGUCCCUAAACCACGGCUGGAGAACCGGAGCCAUCCUUUGGGAGCUGGACUACGAGAUCCAGUGCCUAAACUCGGAUGACUACAAGAGAAUGAGUGGAUGGCUGAUGAUCCUUCAGAGCUUGAUAGAAAGCAGCCAAGAUUUUGAGGACGAAGAAUCUCGCAAGAUGAUCGAGAAGUGGGAGGAGGAGAGAGAUCGGUUGAGGAAGAAGACCAAAGAGCUGUUCAACCCCCACUUUGGCAGUGUCUUCCGAACCCACGACAACCCCACAUACUUCUCAAGGCGUCUCUUCCGCUUUGCCGACAUCUAUACCUCGCGCCUCUCCAAUCUGAAUGACUACAGCAUCAACCACACCUUUUACCCGAGAAGAGGCGUUUUGCCCCACGAGUACAAGUCACUCUUCGUCUAAAAGGGACUCGCUAGGCUGUGAAGCAACAGAGGAUUGCCUCUUCCAAAGCAUUCAUUUGUCAGCAAAAGGAGGCAGAGAAAAACAAGAAAGAAAUAAGGAAUAAAGAGAAAUAGAGAAAGAUAGAAAGAAGAGUGGAGCAAAGAAGUAGAGACAUGAAAGAAAUAAGGAAUAAGACAAGAAAGGAAUGAGGAAUAUAGAGAAAUAGAGAAAGAUAGAUAGAAGAAUGAGGCAAAGAGAUAAAGAGAAUAGCGACAAGAGAGAGAAAAGGAAAGUCAAAGGAAAAGAAGUGAAAUGAUAGAUUGGAGGAAGAGAAAAUGGGAAACAUGCCAUAGAAAACAAUAAACUUCAGAAGGGACAGAGCAAAGCAUUAAUUACAGAAGAAAAGGGGUAGAGGAAAGACAUCAGAAAAUAAAGGAAAAA